UCAAAAAUUUCAGAUUUUUUUCCGUGAAGAAGUGAAGAGCGUCUCCCAUCGCCAUCGCCAUCGCCAUUGCCAUUGCCAUGUUUUGAAUUCUCCAAAAUACCAUACUCUUACCCACUCUGCCAGCUCUGUCGCCGUCCCCAGUGUCUCCUCCAACCCCAAUCCUGGGUUCUACUUCCUUGGUCUGGAGAAUCCAUGGCCGGCUAUUGUGGCGUCCUCGUUUCGGAUCCAUGGCUGCAGAAUCAGUUCACGCAGGUCGAGCUCCGGAGCUUGAAGUCUUCGUACGCGGCGAUGCGGAGGGAGAGCGGCGGCGGCGGGGGUUUGAAGCUCGCGGAGCUGCCGGAGAAGAUGUCGAGGCUGAAGCACGUCGGGGAGAAUCUCACGGAGGAGGAGAGAGCGGCAUUUCUACGCGAAUCGUAUCAGGAUUUGGAGAUUGAUGUUGAUUUCGAGCUCUUUUUGAGGGUGUAUCUAAAGCUUCAAUCUCUGGCUACCGAAAGGCGAGGAGGAUCCGGUGCAAAGAAUGCUUCGGCAUUCUUGAAGUCUCCCACGUCGACACUGCUCCACACCAUAAGCGAGUCGGAGAAGGCGUCCUAUGUUUCUCACAUCAACAACUAUCUUGUUGACGAUGAAUUCUUGAAGAAGUAUCUUCCCAUAGACAGUGCGACAAAUGAUCUCUUCGAGAUUGCCAAGGAUGGAGUACUUAUAUGUAAACUUAUUAAUGUUGCGGUGCCUGGAACAAUCGAUGAGCGUGCUAUAAAUACAAAGAGGAUGCUCAAUCCGUGGGAGAGGAACGAGAAUCUUACCCUUGGACUCAACUCUGCAAAGGCCAUUGGAUGCACUCUUGUCAAUAUAGGGACUCAAGACUUCAUCGAAGGAAGGAGGCAUCUUGUUCUUGGAGUAAUAUCCCAAAUUAUCAAGAUACAACUGCUGGCUGAUCUCAAUUUAAAGAAGACGCCGCAGCUGGUGGAGCUGGUGGAUGACAGUAAGGAUGUGGAGGAGCUGAUGAGCUUAGCGCCCGAAAAGAUCCUACUUCGGUGGAUGAACUUUCAGUUGAAAAAGGGAGGAGGAUACUCGAAAACAGUUACAAACUUCUCAUCUGAUGUGAAGGAUGCAGAGGCUUAUGCUCAUCUCUUGAAUGUUCUAGCCCCCGAACACGGGAAUCCAUCUACUUUGACUGUGAAGGAUCAGUUUGAACGAGCAAAAUUGGUUCUGGAGCACGCGGAUAGAAUGGGGUGCAAGAGAUACUUAACAGCAAAAGACAUCGUGGAUGGCUGUCCCAACCUUAAUCUUGCAUUUGUAGCUCAUAUCUUUCAACACAGGAAUGGGCUAUCAUCGACCCAAACAAAACCGAUAUCUUUCUUGGAAACUCAAUUUGACGAUGCACAAGUUUCUAGAGAAGAGAGGGUGUUUCGGUUUUGGCUAAACAGUUUGGCGAAUUCCUCCUUCAUUGACAAUGUGUUCGAAGAUCUAAGAGACGGAUGGAUUCUCCUAGAGUCGCUGGACAAGGUGUCUCCCGGUAUCGUCAACUGGAAGAUCGCAUCGAAGCCUCCCAUCAAAAUGCCAUUCAGAAAAGUAGAAAACUGCAACCAAGUCGUCAAAAUUGGGAAACAACAACUCAAGUUUUCGCUGGUAAACAUCGCUGGGAAUGACAUUGUUCAAGGAAACAAGAAGCUAAUAUUGGCCUAUCUAUGGCAGUUGAUGCGAUACAACAUGCUCCAGCUAUUGAAGAACUUGAGAUCACAUUCUCACGGAAAGGAAAUCACCGAUGCCCACAUUUUGACGUGGGCUAACAACAAGGUCAGAACCUCCGGUGGCCACACUCGUAUGGACAGCUUCAAGGAUAAAUCUUUGUCGAACGGGAACUUUUUCUUGGAGCUACUAAGUGCGGUGCACCCGAGGUCCGUCAACUGGAGCCUCGUUACCAAAGGGUCGAAUGAAGAAGAGAAGAAGAUGAAUGCGACGUACAUCAUAAGCAUUGCGCGGAAACUAGGAUGCUCCAUAUUCUUGCUUCCCGAAGACAUCAUGGAGGUAAACCAGAAGAUGAUGCUGACGCUGACGGCGAGCAUUAUGUACUGGACAUUGAAGCAGCAGCAGCAGCAGCCUGUGGAGGAUCAUCAUCGCACCGGGGGAUCCUCGGACAGCGAGACGGGAAGCCUUGUGGAUUCGAGCUCAAACUCCUCGACUCUAGACGACACUGCUUCGGAAUCAUCCAUGGAUGAUGGAAGCAGCAGCGGCGUCUCAUAAUGUAUGUGUGUACGUAUAUCUAUGUACUCUCUCUACAACUAUAUAUAUAUAUAUAUAUCUGUAUUAUUGUUGUUAUUGUGUAUGAUUCUUGAUUGGAAAUUUUGAAUGGAUUAUUAGUAGUUUUGUAAUUGUCUGAGGGUGAGACGAGACAGUAGAAAAGCAUGAGGACAUACAUACAUACAUACUUUUAAUUUAAUAUAUGUAAGUAUUUUGCUCA